CAGCAGAGGCAGACAAUGCGGUUUUGCGAUGCGUUUAUCCCUGCGUACAAUUUACACCCACAUCCAUGAAAACAUGAUGUCCCGAAGAUGUGAGAGGAUUCCUUGUGAUUUGGCUAUUUCUUUCUUUCUUUUUAUAAUCGGAUUGAAAAUUCCCUUACGUUUUGAUUGAGAACAAAAAUAGAGAUGAAAUUUCCAAUAGAAAACCCAAGGAAACAAGUUAACUGGGACCCUGAACAAGUGGCGGUCCAGACCAACUUGGUCCCUCCCAAAAAGGCCCAGUCUGGCAUGGCGAAGUCAACUCUAGUCCAGGCCAGUGUGGCCACCAUGCAGAACCCCAUGAGCUGCGAGCCUAAGGCCAAUGGUCACUGUCCACUGCCACGCCUCUCCAUCUCCUCCCGCUCUGCCAGCGUGGUGGCCAGCAUGGACGCCAGCUGUGACGGCAUGGCCGCAGCUCUUCACUCAGUGAUGAAAUGGAAGACGGUGCUGGCGGUGUUCAUCGUGGUCGUUCUCUACCUGGUCUGUGGAGGUCUGGCAUUUAAGGCACUGGAGCAGCCGUUUGAGGACGACCAGAAGACCAGCAUCACUCUCGUGAAGGCUUCGUUCCUGGAGAGACACCCUUGUGUUAAUCCUAAUGAGCUCGAGGGACUCAUCAAGCAUGCUAUAGAUGCUGUGAAUGCAGGAGUAAGUCCUAUUGGAAACACUUCCUACACUUCCAGUUACUGGGACCUGGGCAGUGCCUUCUUCUUCGCUGGAACUGUCAUCACAACCAUAGGUUAUGGAAACAUAGCUCCAAGCACGGUGGGCGGGAAGAUCUUUUGCAUCCUUUAUGCCAUAUUUGGCAUCCCUCUCUUUGGCUUUUUGUUGGCGGGGAUUGGAGACCAGCUGGGGACCAUCUUUGUGAAAAGCAUCUUGAGAGUUGAGAAGAUAUUUAGACAAAAACACAAACAGAUCAGCCAGACUAAGAUCAGAGUGACGUCCACCAUCCUGUUCAUCCUGGCUGGCUGCAUUGUCUUCGUCACAAUCCCUGCUGUCGUCUUCAAACACAUCGAGGGCUGGACCACACUAGAUGCCAUCUACUUUGUUGUGAUCACACUCAGCACAGUGGGAAUAGGAGACUAUGUGGCAGGUGGUGACCGUAGAAUCGACUAUAUGAAGUGGUACAAACCUCUGGUGUGGUUCUGGAUCUUGGUGGGAUUGGCGUACUUUGCAGCCGUCCUCAGCAUGAUUGGAGACUGGCUUCGAGUACUGUCUAAAAAGACCAAAGAAGAGGUUGGGGAGAUCAAAGCUCAUGCAGCGGAAUGGAAGGCAAAUGUUCGGGCAGAGUUCCGUGAAACGCGCCGGCGCCUGAGUGUUGAGAUCCAUGACAAGCUCCAGCGGGCCGCCACUAUCCGCAGCAUGGAGCGCCGUCAGCUUGGCCUGGAGCAGCGAGCGCUCUCCCUGGACAUGCUGUCUCCAGAGAAGCGGGCCUUAUUCGCCAGCCUGGAUGCUGGCCGCUUCAAGACUUCCUCCCAGGAGAGCAUCGACACCAAGCUCAACAACCUGAGGCUGAAGGGGGCCUGUGAGCUGUAUGACCAUCAAGCGAGUGAGCAAAUACCACAGACGGCGUCUUCCUCGGAGGAGAAUCUGUCCAACUUGCGCUUCGGAUCCCUCACCAAGCUGGCCAGACGCAACAAGAACCGGGAGCUGCGGAGGAACAUUAAUGAAGAUGUGCAACGGGCGAGCUUAGGCAUAAACAAUGGCAGUGCCAUGCUGGGUGAGGAGAGGACGGAAGAAGAGGAAGAUGUGGAGCCAGAUGACGAAAACGGAGAAAGAAAAGAGGCAAACACCAGUCUGACAAGCCUGUCACAGUAUGGAAUGGAGCGCAGCAAGCUGAAUGGGUUCGCACCUGUAGAAGCCAAAGAUAGAGAGAACGACUAGACAUUGAACGGACAAGUGUGUCAGAGACAGAGACAGAGACAGAGUGAAACAUACAGAGUGCAUGGUCCUUUGAGAUGUCAAUAAAUGUGCCUUUCUGUUUCCUAUGCUUAGAUCAUAACUGCUCCCAGGAAAUUCAGUCUUUGUGCCAUAGCCAUGGGAAGAAAAUGUGUCAAAGAUUGAAGCGACAGAAGAGGCUAUAGUUAAAAUACCUCAUAUCGGAUGUUACUGUAGAAUGGGCUACUAAAGAGCUAUCUUUCCAGCUUCGUUGUCUUUCAGCCUUGACAACUCUUACGAGACCCGUGGGCAACUGUCUGUUAAUGUUAAAUCUUUUUUUUUUUUUAACAACGUGGGCACGACAUUCAGAGAGCUAGCUCCAUGUCAUCCAUCUUUAAAACCAUUAUCGAUCCCCGCUCUGUCAUCUCAUGCUGUGGUGGCUAUUUAUUUUUAGCUCAGAUGCUAAAAGACUACAACGUUAAAAGAAUGGAGAGUGUGAGGUUGUGUUUCUACUGGAUCAAUAGACAAUAGGAACAUUAACUUACCUGACAUGUACAAUUAUUCCUUCAAGUGACUUGAGGGGUGUAAACUACUGCAUACUAAGAGCUCUUAAAAACACAAUAUUCACCUUAAUGUUGCAUGGUUAUCAAAUCACAACCAUUGCAGAUAAUUGACUUACUUGAAAGCUUGAAAUGACAGCUCUAAAAAUGUUUCUUUUUGUUUUGAUAAAUUGAAAUGUAUUGCUUUCUUUCAUAUUUUGUAAAAACAAACAUGUAUUUCAGUAAUGAUUGCCACCAUCGUGGAUCAACACUGAGCUGGAAUCCACCUGACAGGUUUCAUCACCUUUGGCCAUGAGAUUGUCAGCCAUGUUGAAAAUGUUUUCGUAUAUGACAUUCAGUUUUAUCACAAAUGUCUUCAGAAUACUUCAAUGACUUUUUAAUUAAUGAAUGUGAUGCUGUUGAUUUAAUUUUUACUCAUCAAGCAUGUUUGAAUCUGUGUUUACUCCAUUUUAUACCAGCCAAGCACUUGAGUUGAAUUUUCCAUAGAACUGUAAAAUAUGAACUAAACAUGUCAUGUUUUUUUUUUCGUAUUUCUUUUCUAAAGCAAAGCCAAACAUUGUGGCUUCAAUCAUCUUCACAUUGAAAUGUGUAUUCCUGUAGUUCCUAGAGGUUUACUCAAUGAAAUGUUUGAUGCAUUUUACUAACAGGCACUGUUUUUACAUUUUACAGAAUUAUUCGAUGUAUGACAAGCGAGCAUUGCAUGCAUUUCUAAAGGCGAAUCACACAUGCACACACACACACACACACACACACACACACACACACACACACACACACACACACACACACACACACACACACACACACACACACACACACAC